AUGGACAUCAAUCCCCCUCCCUCUCUGGAUAGGUUAUCACCAUCAUGGAUGCGGCGCUCCAUCUCAAAUCGCAAGUCCAGCUCAGACGCAAAAUCCAGACCCACAACGGCCAAUGGACUAUUAUCGCCAUGGCCAACCUCUACGUCUAUAUCCAGCAAUAGCGAUGAAUCACGCUCUGCAGAUAGCGCGCGCUCCGGUCACCGAGCAUCCAUACGCAGCAUGGUAGGAAGAAUCCGCUCGCCCUCCAACGCCAGCACAGCAAGCAACAAGUCGCAAGAUUCCAGCUUGGGCGAGGUGGAAAACUGGUUCUACGGAUUUCGACAAUACAACCAGAUGGUCAGCGCCAAAGCGCUUGGUGAGCAGGUUAUCACGCUGCAAGAAUUUACGAAAGCGACCAAAGCGCUUACCAAGAGCUGCGGUGGCCAAUUCCUCCAUGGUCUACCAGAAGCCGUUUUUGACUUUUCGCUGCUAUGGUGUCCGGCCGGGAAGCUGAGUAGGACGUCGGAAGACGAGCCAUCAUGGAGUUGGAAAGCCUUUGACGGACCGGUCAUCUUCCCCUUCGACCCCACAACCAGUCCCGAUGUAUACACCACCCCAAGAAGCGAAGGCGAAUGGUUCCGCUCCGAACUCCUCACUCUCCACACCGGCCCCAAAUCCGCACCCUACACCAUCCGCCGCGAAAAAUGCCCCUCGCUACGCAUCAAAUACACCCCCUACUUCCACGCACCCUGCGGCUCAAACGCACACCCAGAAUCCCAAACCCUGCGCUUCACGGCCGCCGCCAUUCCCGCAGACGGCUUCACAGCCGAGCAACUGCACUACCGAGACCAAGAAAUCCCGUGCUCACAGCUCCUCGACGACACGGACCAACACUGCGGCGUCAUCAUGGACUUUGAAUCUCACAUCUCCCGUCCUUGCUCCACCGGGCCCUUUGAAUUCAUCCUCCUCUCGCGUAGUCUGCGCCGCACACCAUCCGAGCACGCCAGGCGGCCUGCUUCCCCGCUCAUGCACCCACCCGGCACACCCAUCUGGGACAGCGCGCACUUUGUCUGGGACGAGGAGGUUGCGGAAUUUGACGAGCGCCUGUUUGAAGCCGGGCCGUGGUCGAUGCUGAAUGUCAUGCUGAUCAAGUGGGUGGAUGGGUAUGCGGAGAGAGUGGCGAUUGCGCGCAUCCACGAGGCUGUUUGGGCGCUCAAGGGCCCUGUUAGGAGGGAUGUGGUUCUCAGGUGA